AUGGCCAUGGCCACGAGGGGACCCUGCCCUGCACUCCUGCUGCCCCUCAUCCUGCUGGCUGCCUGCCUGGCUCUGGCCAGAAGGAUGCCUUGGGUCAGUCUGAACAAUAUAUUCAAAAAGUACCACGUGGACUUCCCACCGACCCCAGGACCCGACCCCAGCACCUACUGCAAUGGAAUGAUGAGGGAUUGGGGAAUACACUGGAAGCUGCUCCACAUCUUCAUCCACACGCCUAUCCCAGCCAUCAACAGCAUCUGCUUUGGUGACGGGACACCCAUUUUUGGCGGCCUACGAAAGAGCAUGAAUUUCUUCCCCACCACCACCUGCAGAUACAACCCAGUAAGAUUCUCCUACAGUGGAACAGCCAUUUCCUGGAAACUCAUCAUCGCCUGCUGGAAUGGGCUUCCUCUGCUCUAUGUGGAGAAGAUGAAGGGCCAAGCCUGGGCAUGGAGGGCUGGCAGGAGAUCCUCCUGCUUCCUGUAA